AUAAAUCUUAGCGUCGAAGAAUAAGACUCCGCAAACGACGUCGUAUCUCAGAAUCUCAACGCAGAAACCAAUUUCAGAAUCAAUAGUCUCUCUGCACCUCAACUCUCUGAGUAGUUUCCGAUUCGAUGGCGAGCGAGAACGAGCCCGCGAAACUCCUCUUGCCGUACCUCCAACGAGCCGAUGAGUUGCAGAAGCACGAGCCUCUCGUUGCCUAUUACUGUCGAUUAUAUGCGAUGGAGCGAGGGUUGAGGAUUCCCCAGAGCGAGCGCACCAAGACUACCAAUUCCCUCCUCGUUUCCCUCAUGAACCAGCUCGAAAAGGACAAGAAAUCAUUGAAGUUGGGGCCUGAAGACCACUUAUAUCUGGAGGGAUUUGCCUUAAAUGUCUUUGGGAAGGCAGACAAGCAAGACCGUGCUGGACGAUCCGAUUUGACUACUGCAAAAACAUUUUACGCUGCAAGCAUUUUCUUUGAGAUUGUUAACCAGUUUGGUGUACUUCCGCCUGAUCUUGAGGAGAAGCAGAAGUAUGCAGCUUGGAAAGCAGCAGAUAUAAGGAAAGCUUUGAAAGAAGGAAGGAAGCCCAUACCCGGCCCACCUGCUGGUGAUGAUGAUCUAUCAGUUCCAUCAAAUUCAGCUACUGGUGCAUAUGAACUUGGGCCAAGUGAAACUUCAGUUUCCAGUCCUGGACCUGAAUCUGAUCUAUCACCUCAGUUCCAAAACAACCAGCAUUCUACACAUAUUCCUCCACCUCAGGUCCAUGAUAAAGACAACCAACAUUUUACAAACAUUCCUCCAGCGGUUCAGUUCCAUGAUAAAGACAACCAGCAUUUUACAAACAUUCCUCCAGCGGUUCAGUUCCAUGAUAAAGACAACCAGCAUUUUACAAACAUUCCUCCAGCGGUUCAGUUCCAUGAUAAAGACAACCAGAAUUCUGCAUAUGUUUCACCAUCACCUCCUUCUUACCCUACUUCCGGUUUUCCUUCCCACGAUUUUCAUCCUCCUCCUGCAACAAACAGCUCAGAAAGCCCUACUUAUUCUCAGCCACACAAUUAUCAAUCCUACCCACAAGAACCUCAACAACCUCAACAACCCCAACAACAUUUGCCUUCUAAUUACUCUUCUCAUGAAACUUCCCCUUACUCUUAUCCUCAUUUUCAAACUUAUCCCAGUUUUACAGAGAGCAGCCUCCCAGCAGUUCCAUCUCACUAUCCUUCUUACUAUCAGGGCUCUGAUGCGUCCCUCUCUCACCAAUCAGCUCCUCCUGCAGUGACAAACUAUUCAUCAACUGCCCCAUACCAUUCAACCAGCACAAAUGGGAGAGUUUCAGAACCGUCCCCUCCUCCUGCUCAAACAUUCCAAUAUGACAGUAACUAUCAACCCGCACCUGAGAAAAUUGCUGAGGCACACAAAGCUGCAAGAUUUGCAGUAGGGGCGCUGGCAUUUGAUGAUGUGUCAGUCGCUGUAGACUUCUUGAAGAAAUCACUUGAACUGCUGACAAAUCCAUCGGCUGGUCAAUGAGUUUCCAAUGUCUCGCAUAAUGGGGAGUCUACAGGUGGUUCUAUCUUUUGUUUGUUAUAUGUUGCACGGUUUGAUUUGUAAAUGUCAUCGGAUUUAUAAAUGAAAUGGUUAUUGUUUAUGUCUUGACACAACGUGAAUGAAAUUAUUGUAAGCAAUAGUGUAUUAACUCAUGAAGGGCAAUGUUGUGGACUGUGUCAAAA